UGUCGCCAAAACCCUAAAACCCAAGCCUCCCUUUCUCCUUAAACCCUGAAAUCUCUUACCCCUCUGAAAAUCCCCAAAAAUGGCUGUCACUAACAUAAUUAGACGAACAGCUUCUCAAGUUGUACCUUUAGCUGUUCGAGUCAUCGGUAGGACUCAGAGCUACCACCAUCGAUCCUCUGCUCUGUUCUCCACCGUAGUAAACCGUGGAGCUGCGUCUAGAAAUUUCUUCCGAAGCUCAUUACCCUCUACCCUUCAUUGCUAUUCGACAAAGCGGCCCAGUUCUGAUGAGUCACUCCUUAAAGUCAUUCAGUCCGAAAUCUUAUGUGCCGAGGAAUCUGACGAACAUGACGAGGUUGAGGAGGCUCCUGAGGGUUUCCCCUUCAAGAUUGAAGACCAUCUGGGACAACAGACUGUAACAUUGACAAGAGAGUAUCAAGGUGAAUCUAUUGAUGUCGAAGUUCACAUGCCUGACCUUGUUACUGGUGAUGAAGAUGAGAAUGACAACGAUGACGAUGAUAGAGAAAGGGCCAAUCAGUCUCAAAUUCCUCUUGUUGUUAGGGUGUCUAAGAAGAAUGGACCUUCUUUGGAGUUUGGUUGCACAGCUUUUGCUGAUGAGAUUGCUAUUGACACUUUGUCAAUCAAAGAUCCUAAUGCUUCUGAGGAUCAGAUUGCUUAUGAAGGACCUGAUUUCUCGGAUUUGGAUGAAAACCUCCAAAAGGCUUUCCACAAGUAUCUGGAGAUUAGGGGGAUCAAACCCAGCGCAACUAACUUCUUGCACGAGUACAUGAUCAACAAGGACGGCAGGGAAUACGUGAUGUGGCUUAAGAAUCUGAAGAAAUUCAUUGAGGCAUAGAUUCUACUUCCUGUGAACAAUUAUCCCAUAAGUUCUUGAUGUUUUAGUAGGGUAAUGUUAUUUUGGCUACAUCUUACUGUCUAUCAUUGAUAAAGUUACUUUACCAUGAGAUAUCCAAGUCUUUGGUGAAUUCAAUACACCCAUAUAUUAGAGUUGUCCAUUGGGAGUUUUGUUUCAUUAUGCUUUGUCAGCUAGUUCUAGUUAUUGUCUUCUUUGCCUGCAUAUUUUGCUACAAUAGUGUAAGUUUAUUCUCUCAUGGAAUUUCCAGAGAGUAUCAUCUCUAAUGUUAUACUCCCUUUCUUACCA